CGUUGAAGGACGAGAUCUAGAUAAGGCUCUCGGGCGCGUACGGGGGAGCCAAAAUUCUUCGCGUGUUUUUUCCUUAAGAGUGCUGGUGCUCACUUCUGUUCUGAAAGUCGCGUGGCCACACAUCGAAAUGGGGUGUCAUUGAUGCGGUGUGAUAGUGACAGAUGAAAAGCGGAUGUCGGUAUGAAUGAUGAUGAUAUGAUUAUGGAAUUGUUGACAUAGAUUUGAUUUCUGGAGCUGCCGGAUCAAGUGACGGUGCUGAAGGAUAGUGUAUGGUGCGUGUGCUGUGUCGGAGUGGCCUUGCUUUGGAGGCAGGGUUUGGAAUGGGAUUACGCCGUGAGUCGUAUAGCAACGGGGAAAAAAACCCGUACCGAAUGGUGUUUCGAGAUGAAGUGAUGUAUCACAAUGAGAAUGUGUGAAAUGUCCCAUGAAUUCUUGCGCCACAUGUGAGGCACGGGAAGGAAAAUCUCUAUCCGAGUGCCUACAGGAAAUGGGUGCUCAUUAGGGUACUGUGAAACGACGCAAUGAUAAAUGUGGCGAAAAAAGGUCUCCGGCAAAAAAAGGUGCUACUUCGCAAAGCGGAAGUGUAUUUUGCCAUUUGUUGGCACCUGCUGCCACACAUUCUAUUCCACGGAGCGGAGGGUAAAAAGCAGUUUAGCGGAAAACCACAGCCACCGAUGAGAGAGUGAGGGAUUGUGGUGUAUUUUUUGCCCAUGCGGAAAGCCGGCAACGAAGUUUAAUAGGAUGAUAAAAUAUUCAAAAUAACCGUCAUUCAGAGUGAAAUGUUGCACUGAAAAAGUUCAUCUAUUACGCGGAACGCUGCAUGCUUUACGUGUCUUAAAAUGCAAGUUUGCAGUGAACUAACGGCGGUAGUGUAUUAAACACGCCAGAAAAUGCAACGAAAAUUCUGCCGGAAAGUGUUUUCACAAGUAACCAUUUUUAGCCCGCUGCCAGCGAAACGGAGCACUCCGACCGGUUCUGCCCGGGAUGGUGUCCGGCCCGCGAUCCGGAGAGAAUGUGCAGUAUGAAAGUUUGUUUUGAUUUAUGGUCUUAUUUAUGGCAAAAGUUCUAUGCGCGCAAUUUUUUCAUCGGCAUAACGUUGGCAGAGCAAAAGUGAAGCCUUUGGUCGUGAGGGUUUGAAACAAAGCUAUAACAACACAAAAAAAAAGCAAAUGGAUACAGGCCCCACGCGCGGAAGAGGGUUCAGUUGUAAUUACAUUACUUGAAACUUUGCCAGCUGGCGCUCCGGAACCGAAGUUUUGACCAUCAUGUGAGUGGGGCUAAACAUGAGGAUAACGGAUUCGACCGCCGCUACUGUACGGCUGCCAGUGAUGGCCGGAGCCAGCAAAGAGCAGGCAUGACACCAUGUGAAGGUAAAUUAAGAUCGAUCUGCAGCAUCACCAGCAGCAAAAAUGAACCAGUCACGUUCAUUCCGCAAACCGCCGGAUGUGGAGGAAGCACUUUCCUCGAUGCUCUGGACCCCGUACGAUAACAAUGCCUCGGAUUCGGAUUCAUCUCUCGAUGAUGGGCCAUCGCCACUGCUGGACCCUUCGGUGGCUCCGGGAAGACUCACCAACAACAGCCAUCCCCGGUCAUCUGUGAUGAAGCGGAGCUUCUCCGAGUGGGACUACCGUAGCGAGCGGCGAACCAAAGCGGAAUACUUUCCACCCGAGGCUGGCGGAGUCAGCAAUCGAUACAGCUAUCCCUACUAUAGCCCAUACCAGGUCACCAGUGUUCCGAAUGCCAAUGGUUAUUGGAGUGGUAAUAAUAUUUACGCUGCUGCCAGCUAUCCAACGGGAGCAGCAGCAUCGGUCGCUCCACCGGCAGCGAUUUUCCCGAUGCUGCCGCCAAUAUCCUCGCUCGGCUGGAAGCAGUUUCGUUCAACGGCAUCCGGUGUCAAUCAGCUCCCGCACCCACCCCUGGUUCCAACCGAUCCAGCGCCUCUUCUGCCCUUCAGCUUACUCAGCAUGGAUUCGAUUCCACUGGCUGCAUGCGAGAUGAUUGAUUCCAGUGCUUACGGUUGCUGUGGCGGAGACGAUCUGAUCAACUCUAAUGUGAUGUUCGGCAUCGGAGGCACCUUUUCCGACUAUCAGGUUUAUUCCAACCCACAGUUUGCCGUUGGUGGCGGUUGUAGUGGUGCCUACCUGAGUCACCGGCCUCAGCCUCUUCGGCAAUCUUCCAGUCCGUCUUUGUGCUCUUCGUUGUCCGAAGCAUCAGGUUUCGGCAAACCGAAUGGCAACAACAACAACAACAACCACAGCUAUGACAAUAAUAACAGCAUAUGCAAAAUUUCCGCAAUACUUAAGCCGGUCAUGCGCAGCAGCAGCACCACAAACAGCGGCAACGUCGGAGACCUACAUUUCCCGAAACAUCAACAACAAAGGCCGCAGCCGCAGCCGCAGCAGCAUAGCAUAGAUAAUGCAACUCGUUCAUGUUCCACCACUACAACUCUGCUGGAGUUGGAUGAACACCGUGCGAAUGAACGCCCAAAGUGGAAUGAGCAAAACAUGGGUCCGUUUAACGGCAACCACCACAUGGAAGUGACUGGCUGUGAGGGUGGUGAACGCAGCGAAGGAAGGGCAACUGGCGCUGCAACGAAUGGUUCGGAUCACCUCGCGUUUAGUAGUGUGAGGAUAGUGAACGGAGAAGCAUACGCGAACGGGAGUGAUCUUUUCGCGUCGGAACGACGUCUGUUCGCUGCGAACGAUCGAUUGAUCGAUUCUGGUGUCGUCAAUUACUCGGGCAGUGGUUCCUUCAAAGCUCUGGAUAGUUUACGAGGUUUUGGUCGCACCGUUCGGGAUCGGUUUGUGGAUAUAAUGCGACUGAACGUACCUGCGGCCCCAAAGGGCAGCCGGACCAGUGUUUACAUUCCGUCCGCCGAAGGGACGGCGAAUGCGGAAAGUGCAAUUUCACACGGUGAUGGCGGUGGAUCGACGAGACCAACCCUGACCAUUCAAGUGAAUCGUGUCGAUACUAAUAAUCAAGUGCAGAAUGAUGUGGUGAAUAAUGCGUCCUCCGGAGUUAGCAUUGUAAAUUGCUAUCGCGAGACGCCAAAAAGUGCGGAUAAUAAUUCUGGUGAUCAGGAAGGUGCAGUAUUCAGCGCAAGUGAGAACGCGCCCAGUGAUGCUAACAGUGCAACGAUCGUAAAUCAAAAUCAUGUAAAUAUCAGUGCAAAUGCAGAGCAAAUGGUUCAUGUUUCUAAUACAGUAGUGAAAAGUGUUUCCAACGAUACUAAUCUAGUUGAGCAUAAUCGUAGCUUGAAGAAUAGUGAUAAACAGCAAACUAUUGCGUACCCUCUCACGGAUAUUGACCGGAUCGAGCCGACUGACGGUCGUACCUACACAUCCACUGAGGCCCAAACCGAGGAACCGCUGAUCCCAAGCGGAACCGCUACCCUACCAUAUCCUCAUCCCACGAUUAUCCCGGGUGGUGGUGUACCUCCUCCUCUUCCCCCACAUCCCUCGCUCCUCCUUUCGCCGCCCGGAUCAGAAUUCAGUACCCGAGAGCAUCGGCGCCGUGAACGUCGUGAGCGUCGCCAGGCUCGCAACAGGAUGCAACAUGUCCACCCGAUGGAUCAACCACCGCCGCCGCCGCCACCGCUACCGUCGGCCAUGAUUCGGCCGCCUCCGAUCGAGAUCAUCCCGGACAUUCUACACAGCCAUCUGCCCCCACCGUACACAACUCUGCCAAUGGGGGCCACCGUGCUGCCGGCACCAAUGAUUCCGGCCGUUCCAGUGCAUCACCGGGGGGCGGCCGAUGACUGCCGCUACUCGUUCCCGAUUCCGAUCAUUAGAAGCUCACCAUCGGAACGCUCACGGAAAGGCUGCUGUGGCCAUUGGUUUGCCGGGCCACCACUGCGGGCACUGAUCGCGGUGGUGGCCCUGGGCGGUGUGGCGUGUGCUCUCGGUGGUGCAGCGCUCGGGGCAACGGGACUGGCCGGCUCACCUACCUCGCAUCUUACUGCGGCCCUUCUGAUGAUUGGUGUCGGAGUGAUCCUCGUGACCGUCAGUGGAGCCGCCUGGCGAAUGACAGCGCCCGGAGCGCCUCCGUGCCUCGGUCUGGGAUCCACCGUCGAUCUGGCCCGCUGCUCGAGGAGACCCUGCGGACGGAGUGGCAGCACAUCGCACGGACUGCUGUACCCGGAGUUCCAGCAUCGGCCACCGCCACCAUCCUAUCAGGCUAGCAUGCAGGAGUACAGACUAAGGCUGCUCCUGCUGGACCGAGAUCGUCAAUCUGGAAGAAUGCGGAGCACGGCUUCACCACCACCCACCUAUCGAUCCAACGUCGGGAGUCUCUUGAGGAUUCCGCUUACAUCCCGACAUCAUAGCAGUGGCGGCAAUGGCAUCGGAGGAGCAAACGGCGGCAGCAGCACAAGCUUGUUCGGCGGCAUCAGUGGCAUCAUCAGCGGUGCGAUUGGCAAUAGUACCAACAGUAUCAACGCGGCGGCGGCGGUGACGGCAGCCCACAUGCCACCCACUGCCGGCUCGAGACCGCCAAGUCAAUCCGAUCAAACCAACGUCGGUCUGCUGGACUUGAAUUGUGUGCCACCGCCAACUUAUCGCACUAUCGACCGCUGCAGGAAUCCAUCAACACCGGUGACAGCCCAACCACAACAGCAGCAUCAGCAGCACCAGAUUCAGCAUCCACCCUCGCCGCCAGUGAGAACGGCGAGCGGUGGUGAGCUUCGGGGUGGGAAUGUUCUAAUAAAUGAUGAUAAUAUUGUAGCAUCGCCGGCGGGGCCACAGACUUCGCUUGGCACCGCUGGUGGCGCGCCUUCGAUUAUUAAAAUAGAUGAAGGUAAAUCAACAACCGUCGUGACGGGCACCGUGAAUACGAACGCUUCCCGGACGAAGGCGAUGACUACGACGGCCGGCGUAUUGCACCCAACGGCGACAGUACAACACAAACAACGAAAUUCAAUUACACGCGAAAUAAUUGAAACCGAUAGUAACAAAGCCAGCGCAAACAAGGACUUAGUUACGAUUGUUACCAUUUCCGGCACACUCGAGCGGCCGGCUUUGAAUAAAUCCCUGUACGGAGCAGUCGAUGCUGAAACACCGGCGACGUCGGCAGUCUCCGCCGUCAGCCCGACAACGUUAUUAAAUCCGGCGUUAGUAACCAACGGUGGCACUAUGUCUCCGGGGAACGGCCCAGCGGUGGCGCAUCUAUAGCAGAGCGCGAUGCGAACCGUGUACACACGCUACCAAUGCUAUUUUUAACAAAUAAACGCAGAUAAAUUGAUGUAAAAAAAAUCAACGCCAUGGAAGUCUAGUUUCGCUACGGUAUAUUUUCGGACGAGAUGUUUUGGUCGGCUGUUUGUUGGUUGCGCCAAUGUUUUCGUGUUUUCUGCGCGCAAUUUGGUGGGGAAGACAGGAUUUGUCGGAUUUUGGCGUGUUUAUAAAGCAGUGGUUGAUGAAAAUAGACAUUCUAGGCGGUGGGUGGGGGCUUUACGCAGAUGCAGCUAUGUUGUGUUAUGGUUGUUACUUGGGGAGAUUUCCCAAUGAAUCGAUGCUGGCACAUUUCGAUCGCGCAUCACUUGUUCAAUAAAUUCCGUAACGUAUGGGGAUGUGGGAUCUCUAGGUGGGAGACUAUAAUUUUCUCUUCAUUCUGAAUUACAUAAUCGACCGUGUUCCUCCAUUGGUUUAGCCGUUACAAUACCAACAACCGUGCGGCUCCUUGAAAAAUUCAAUUCACUUGCAGACUGGGUUGACUCGCGAAUUUAAAUGUCAGAGGAAAUGGCCUUCCUUCCUACAGGGUGGGCCAUUUAAAGUAGAAGGAUUUGUUUUUGCAAUAGCAAAGUAAAGAAGUGGAAUUUUAAUUUUUUUUUUAAAUUCAUUUAUUGAAUUUGAAUAUCAUUUGGUCCAAGGAGAUUUGUUCUAACUACUUUUUGAUUAUGAUAUCUCGUAAAUGACCGCCUCUGGCCUUGACCGCAAAAUGUGCCCUUUUUUCGGCAUUUUCCAUCACUUUGCCCAAUGUUUCGGCCGAUAUGGCAGCAAUUUCUUGUCGGAUAUUGUCUUUCAGCGCAGCCAGGGUCAGUAAUUGUCCAAUUCAUUUUCACGAACAAAUGGCAAUACAAAAUCGGUUAUCAUUGUCCGAUAACGCUCCCCAUUCACGGUUACCGUUGCUCCAUUUUCGUUUUCAAAGAAGUACGGGCCGAUGACUUUAUCGGCAUAAAUGCCACACCACACAGUAACUUUUUGGUCGUAAAGAGGUUGCGUUUCGAUGAAUUGAGGGUUUUCAGUAGCAUAAAACUGACAAUUUUGUUUAUUCACUCCUCCAUUCAAGUUGAAAUGCGCCUCAUCAGACAUUAUGAUUUUUUGCCAAAAGCCACGUUCAUUUUUGGCCAUUUCGAUGGUCCAUUUCGCAAAAUCAAGUCCACGUGGUAAGGCGAUGGCGACCUGAUGUCGAUGGAGUCUCUGCAACACUGGCUCGAACGGCAUCAAUAUUCUCGUCGAAACGUCUUGGUCGUUGUCUGGACAGAUGACUGGCAUUACCAACACUACCAGACGAUAUAAAUUCGGCAUAUAAUCGACGUAUAGUGUUGUCUCCAGGCGAUGUUUUAACUUUAUUUUUAUUUUUCCACGCACGUUUAGUUAACACAAUUGAGAAGUUAUUUUGAAUGUACAGCUGAACAAUUUCAGCGCGUUGUUUAGGUGUGUAUUGUUCCAUGGUUAAAAUUGUACUGAAAUGACGCUUCCAACCUGGUAUGACAUUUGUUAAUCUGACAUCUCUGUCAAAAGUUAUGGGGUUGCCAGAUGCUUCCACUUUAAAUGGCCCACCCUGUAGUAGCGUAAAAGGAAGAAAUAGACAAAAAGUAAAUGACUUCAAUUCACUUUUUUGAAUAUAAUGCCUUCCAACUUUUCCAUACGGCUACAGUGAAUUCUAUGCAAAAUACAAAUCAAUCAAUUUAAUAUGACCCAAACUUUAGUGCUGUCCAUUACUUUAUGAUUCCAAUCCGAGUUCGCUCCAGUGACGACACAUUCAAGUACCUGGCGAAUUUGUUGCUCAACCUUCCUCACCAUUUUCGAGAAAGCGGUUUUUCAUAAACAUUCAAAUCAGUCGCCUCGUAGUUUUUUUUUUACUAAAGCCAUCAAGUGGUAAUUGUCAUAUCUGUACUAAACGCGGCUAAACAGAGGGCCAAAGUGCGACAUCGACACUUCCAAUUGAUUUUUGGGAAGAAAUUUAUCGAAGAAGCAAACAACCACACACAUAAAAAUAACUUGAAAAUAUAGAUGUCACACUUUGCUCCCCUAUUUUUUUUUGUCACUGAGUGUACAUUGGAAAGAAUUAUUAUUGCUUGUUUGUGCUCUCAUAUAUUAACGUUGAAAGAUGGGAUUAAUUUUGUAGAUCGAAAUAUGUUUACGAGCUUUGCGCCUUAUUCGAGCGUUGUCACGAGACAGAAUAAAUUUAUUAUGUCUUUGACAUAGCUGAAAAUCUUCAUGACCAUCAUGCAAUGGUACUUGUACAAGAAUAAUUUUCAAACUUUUUGUUUGAUUAGUUCCAGUGAUUUUGUUCAGUUGCUUCUUCACAUUUUCAAGACAUUUAUGUUUUAGAAAUUUAUGGUGAAAAUAUUUGAUAUAUUUUCGAAAAUUGUUCCAUGCCGCAAAUAUCAGUACUAAAUGGAAGAAGUCUACACGAAUUUCCAGAAAUGAAACAGCAAUGUCUCCUGUAUCAUUUUCAAAUUCCGUCAUUACCCUAGAGCAAUUGCAUGCCAAAUAUUUCACUUUGUAUUUUUUUUUUCAAAGUGAAUUAAUCUUAUUAUAUGGAAAUUUGAUAAAUUUUAUAAUCUGGAUCAUUCUUCUCUUUGAUUUCCUAAUUUGCUAAAUUAUGGUAUUUGUUACAUUCGGGUAAACGUGUUUCGUGUGAAUGGUAUUCCGGUAAGUGUAACACAACGCAAUUGUCCAUUGGAUUCAAGUCCGGUGAACGGGUUGGUCAAUCCAGCAAAUUUAUUUUCUAGUUCUUGAUCACCUGUAAGCCUUCCCUGCUUCAAAUAGCGGCAUUACUGGAAGGUAGAUUCUGUUUGAUGGUAAUUGCCCUAAAAGGUAAACAGAAGCCUUCCAUAGUCCGGAUGUCGUUCUGUUAUUCAGUUUGCACAAAAUCUUCUCCACCAAAGUUCCACGUAAGAGUGUCUCUUGAAUCCAUCAGGACCAUAGAUGUUGAACUUUUCUUCGUCACUGAAAACAGACUGAACAGUUGAAAGAAACCAGAAAACGUUUACAAUCACAAUGAAGACUUAAUCAAUUGAAGUUUAUGUAAUCCUAUCAUAUUUCAUUUCUAUAUGAUACAUGUGAGUUUUUGCGAAAUUCGAACGUUUUUCGAGGUGAAAAGAUUUUUAAAGCUAGAAUGUUUGGACAACUCAAUAAUUGUCUCCAGAGAAACGUUUAACUUCAAGUAGUUAUAGAAGUUAAACUUUUCUCUGGAGACAACCGUAUAACUUAUUUGGAGGUAUUCGAAGCAAAUCGUUGUAUUUCCCGCUUAUGCAAAUUGAGGAGCAACAAUUUACAGCUGUUCAGUCUCCUCCGAGGUUUUUGAACUAAUUCCGUGCUACUUGAUGAGAUCGACCAAUUCGAUAAGUAACUUCCCUAAUCCCAACUUUUUUAUGAUGGAAUGAUUCAACUCGCCUUUUUCUUUUUACGUGAGCAGAUUUAUUUUCGACAUUUUACAAACUUCUAACUCAAAGCAAAAAAAGAACUCAAAACGAAUUAUAAUUAUAUAAUUAUAAAUUAUAAUAAUUUACGUCGAAAAAUCGAUGAAAAUUCAGAACGAAAAACGUACGGCCGCUGCAGUUUUAUUCUGAAAAUCAAUCAUUAUCUUUGGUGCUCUUCUAAACUCGUAAACGAAGCUCAAUGUCGUCAACGCGAAUUGGCUUUCUAACAAAUCAGAAAUAUUAGUCUAAAUAAUUAUUUCUCUCACUGUGACGAUUAAUCCUUUAAUCGAUUGUUUGGGGCGAUUAAUCGUAUCGAAUAACAAACUGAUGAAAAGUAUUCGAUUAGUUGAUGAACGAUUAAUUUCAAAAAUCGGGGAUCACUAUGCCAAACAUUUGUUUAGAUCGUGCGCUUGCACGCACACAUACGAAAAUUAUGCAUUACAUUGGCGUCACCAAUACCAAUAUCUCCAGUUAUGAAUCGAAAUCAUCCCAUUUUUUCACAUAAUGAGAGGCAAAUGAACUCCCAGAGUUAAAAACCUCUUUAAUUCAAUACAACUCAAUUCAAUUGACGUGACAGAUGGCAGACAAAAUUGAGCUGGUCUUAUAAAAAUUGGACAGAGUGGAUAUAACAAUUAGUAAAAUGAUGUUAUAAUCAAUGAUACAAAUGUUUCUGAUUUUUCUCGAUUAUCUAGACUUGUUGGCCCACUUCCUGAUAUCCAAACAACCGCUCAUUUUGUCUGAGUCUUUACGUGCAAUAGUAACAACUUGAACUGAUAAUGGUACAGCUGGUGCAAAAAUAUGGCAGAUAUCGACUGGUGGAAGAUAAUUGAAUCGAUAUUUGUUAUAAUUGAUAUUGAUAUUUGAAGAGAUCAAGAACUCAACCAUUACUUAGACUUCAAGGCCACUUAAAACGCGGAUAGAACUGUGAUUCUUCAGGACAAAUAGAACAGCUGAAACAGCAAUUAAUUUCCGUCAUCAGUCCAGAGAGUACCUCAAAAAACUCUAGGGCCCAGAUAAUCAUUUGAUUGACAGCAAAAGUGAUUUCUUUACAAAACUAUUACCAAAUAUCUUAUAUUUCUCACAGGCUGAAUCUAACCUCAACAUUUUCGAUAACACAUAAAUUAGAUUUGCAUUUGAGGAGCUAGAAUGGGCUCAUCGCGGGGUAGGGCAACAGGGGGUAAAAUGCCCACCUUAAGCAAAUAGGGCUCGAAAAUGUAUUUUUACUACAUUAUUCAUUGUUUUUUCACAUCAAAAACGUAGCCAAGUCUGUUUUCUUUGUAAUUAUGUGUACUAAAAAGAUUACGAAUAGGGAAAACAAAUAAAAAUGAUGAAAAUUCUACAAGAUUACAUUGGAUGCAUUUCUAAACAGCCGGGGUAAGAUGAUCAAUAUGGUGUCCAAAACGCAUCACAACAACGGGUCGAAAUGUCAAACGACUUCGAAGCAUAUCUUUUGGUUAAAUCUUAAUUCGCUGUGUAUACCCAGCUUCGGAUAAGUUUCUCGCCUGCUAGGAACGUCAGAUGCUCUCGUAUUUUCGAGCCUUUUUUGUUGUCGAACCAGAGACUCCGAGGAAUUUUCAUUUCAAUAUUCUAUGUUUACAAGUGUAUCAAUACGUGCCGCUGUUCACAAAAAUAUCUCUACGUGCCGCUGUACAUGAAAGUGCUGGCAGACUGUCGGUCUUUAAAGUAUGAGUUUUUAUUGUGAUUCUAACGUUUAGGUUAUUGUAUUAAAUUAAUUGUAAUAAUUUUGUUCGUUCCAGUUUCUCUUACAUGAUACAAAAACAGGUAUGAGAAAACGGUUAUUUACAAGAAUUGGAGGGUUGGGUUGCUAGCGCGCACACCGAGCGAACAAAACAAUCGAGUUGGUCAAGAGUGCGCACACUAGCCAACUGUCUGCCGAAUAUUCUCGAAAGACUGUAUUUAAUUUCUGUUUGACAACGGAGAAGAGAACGGUGAAGGAAAACCAAAAAGAGAUUAAAGUGCGCUACACAUACAGCGUCACCGUCACCGUCCCGUCAACUAUUCUCUUGGACUUAUUUUGCCGACGUCAAAGUUGUCGGUGAUUGUGAAUGUGAAUGCUACCAUAUGAUUCCCAUGGGAGAAUAUUUGACAUUUCAUUCCUUCACGUUGACUUCACGGUGUAUGUGUAGCGCACUUAAGGUGAAGGUGGAAGCUAGCCACAAAUGGCUGCCACAAUGGCGCUCAUUUCUUUCAUCUCCCUCCCUCACCUCUCGCCCGAAAAUCAAUAAUUUUGCGAAACAGUGUGAAGAAAAUGAUCGUUUUCGCACACUUCCCAUCAAGUAAUAUCAACCAAACUCUAAUCGAUUACUCACAAGAUAUUAAAUUUUCAUCUGCUUUCGCACCGUAUAGUGAAGAACGUCGGAAAACUCGAGCAAGUGCUCUGAAAGUUAUAUUUUCGUUUUUCAAUCUUCUGCAAUGGUUUUGUUUGUAUUGGUGGAAGCAUCGUUAUUUUUUCGACACUGAUGCCAAACAACAUCAUCGAAACAGCUAUAAAAACCACUCAAUAAAAUGUUAUUCCGGUAGAGACGAAUGAACUCUCAGAGUUUAAAGUCUCUCUAAUUCAAUACCUUCCUUCCUUCCUUGUUAUUCCGGAGUCAUAGCGUCCCAUGUCCCAUUUCCUCCGACUUGCACUGUGAUCACGCGUAUUCUAGAGCUUGCCACUCAGAAUGCAUUCAAGGCGUGUUACUUGGCAUAGAAAUCUCAACUAAGUACUAAUAAAAAUGACGCAAGUAAUACUACGUUGAGACGGCGAAGUUCCUCUAGGAACGUUAGUGCCAUUGAAGAAGAAGAAGAAGAAGAAGAGUCCCAUGUCAUGAAAAUCAAUAGAAUAAAAUUGUGUUGAUAUCAAUACAAUUAUUAUUUUUACGUUUAAUGGGUCUAUAAUGUAAGUUUUAGCAACUUUAACAUUGGGUAAGAAAAUUGUAUUGCAGAGCUCGGAACACUGCCACGGCUGCCUAUGCUUUCAAAAACAGUAAACGGAAAAGUAUUAAAUUCAAUCUAAAUGCCUCGGCCAACGAAGAGAAGGGUUAAGGCUUUCCAACGUGAAUAUGUGAAAACAAUACGAUCAACGAAGGAAAAUAUUAAGGAAUUAUCAACAUCGAGUUGCUAUGCGGAAGAACUUGUUAAUACCAAAAGUGCCCCAAUUCGCAUGUGUUAUAAAUUUGCUCAUGUUACGCUCGCGUAUAAUCAGAAUCAUAUGCAAAUGCACCUUCUAUAUAUAUUUAUAUUUGCAAUUGUUCAUCGGAACAUAUCGUUCAUACAUUUUACUUUAGUAUUGAAUUGUUAUUUGUUUUUUUUUUUCAAAUGUAUUCAAAGACUCGUGUCAAUGAAGCGCCACACAGUCUGAUAAGUGAAUUGAUCUAUUUACGUGUGCUUUGCUCUUCUCUCACAAACACUAUUACCCCAUUUUUACACGAGGGUUUACCUAUACUACUACAAUGGCUAGCUUCCACCUUCACCUUAAGAGAGCGUUGGUUGCAUUCCAUUCUCAGUGAUUCGCACGGCACGUAUGUCGGAUGCCAAAAUUAAGAGCAAAUUGAACUAUUGGCCGAUAAACAAUCGUCGUGUGUGCGUAGAUCGAUACUAGCAAGUAGGGGAACUUUGGGUAAGAGGCACCGUGUUGGUAAAACGCACCACCAUGAAAAAUCAUGAAAAACGCAGUAAAAUAUUAAAAACUGUAUGAUUUAAUGCACCUUUGACCGCUUCUGUCAUAAGACUUUUGAAACAUUAAAAAACUUAUUUAAAUUUUGCAAACUCCAAUACAUUCUCAAAUGUUACCAUAGCAAUCAAUAAGGUUUGAAUAAAAAAUGUUAAAAAAUCAUUCCUUAUAUCAAAAUGCAAUUUUAUAAUCCAUCUCAUAAUGGGGCACAUCGCUCCAGUAUGGAAAUUAACCCCUUCGCGUACGAUUUAAUUUUCAAAAGAUUGAACCAAAUGCAAACGCUCCGAUGGGUCACGCAUCGAGUAAUUCCACUUUUCUGCUCCGCGUCUUAGCACCUUGUGAUAUACAAGUGCACCACGAGAGAGACUCGGUAUUGUACAUUUUGGCACAAUCAUUUCACAUCGAGUGAGACUCGAUGUUGUAUAUAUUUUGUAGAUAUUUUCUGCAAUUGUUUAAUACAAAGAUGGUUUCUGAAAAGCAUAAAACCAUUUUCAGAUAUCUUUUCUUGUAUUAUGUAUAAGAACCAGAACGAAAAAAAAUAUUUCAAUGUUUUCUAACUACUAAAAUCCAUCCAUGACUAAGAAUAAUGCAAACCUUAGAAUCAAAAUAAAAACUCAUAAAUACAAAAGUCUAAAGUCUGGCAGCACAUUUGUGAACAGCGGCACAUAGCAAUAUAUUUAUGAACAGCGGCACAUAUUAAUACGCUUGUAAACAAAAAUAUUGGAUUCAAAAUUGUCUAGCGUUUUCGGCGUUUGAUAACAAAAAUGAUGAUUCUAACUGGUAGAAAUGUAACGGAAGCGGAGGGUAUAAGCAGCGAAUCAAGAGUUAUCUAAAAUAAACGCUUCGAUAUCGUUUGACAUUUUGACUCUUUGUUGUGGUGCGUUUUGGACACGCAUAUGGGCAUCUACCCUCGUUUUUUUAAGAAUGGUGUAAUAUGAAUGAGUAUAGAAUACUCAUCAUUUCUGUUGGUUUGCCUAUUCGUAAUCGUUAUUGCUCAUUUCAUUACAAAGCAAACAAACGUGGCUUCGUUGUGGACGUGAAGAAACGUUGAAUUAUGUAGUAAAAAUACAUGUUUCAUCCUGUUUUGCUUAACAGGAGCGUCUUGCCCGGACUUCCCCUACUGAUUAAACGGACGGCCGAUAGUUGACCGAUCGAAUAGCUUGAAUGCAAUUGGGAAGCCUUUCAAACUUUUUUAUCGGCCGGUACUGAAUCGAUGUAGUGUACGCAUAUGCAUAUCGCUCCAUACUGAUAAAGUCGUCAGACCAAUCUAUCGGUCGACAAAAGUCUGCAGUCUGCGGGGAUUCUUAUCCUGACUCUCUUUAACAAAAUAUGGCACCAGCGAGGAAUCCCCGAUGAUUGAAAGGAAGGUUUUGUGGUUCACAUCUCGAAACUCGGUUGGCACCAAGGUUUUGCGGACAUCUACAUCUAACUAAGGCUAAACGAAGAUUCAUUAUCCCUAUGGAACAAUUCGCUUUUCGUCCAGAAAAAAAGACCGACGAUUACCGACGACAAUCCCCUCCAUUCCUACCUGGAACUGUACAAGCAUGGUGACAUUAUUCUUCUUGAGCUGUCAGAAUCAUACUACCGUUUUAAUCAUCGAAUCCCUCGAGGAAUGAGGUACCAAUACGUGGUGUCUGCCGUUACGCACAAUAAAUGAAUAUAAAUUUCGGAUACUACAGUUCCCGUAUUAGGAUCCAAGACUAUGAUGUUACUCAAGGAACGAUUAUUGUUUCCACGCUAUCCCGGAUCUGUAUGAAAUUUUUCGCAAUCCCUCUAAAUUGGUCGUAGAACCAAUUUGUGUAUGCAGUACUCUUGGUCUGUUCCCAGCGUUUUUUUAAUUUCAAUUUUACUAUCAAGUUUGUUCGUUACAAAAUAACUUCAUUGUUAGUCCACUUCUAAAUGAAAUUCCAAGCUAGUGAUAUCUAUAAUUCUAUGAAAGCUUUCACAUUGUUCGCAAGCUCCCUAAAACUUUGCGCUUAGAAGGUUAUCAAAAGACCUUAUCGAAGCUAUAGGACAGUGGUGGCCAACCUGCGGCCCUCCAACGUAGUUCAUGCGGCCCGCAGCCUGAUUUUGAAAAAAAAAUCAUAUGAGCGAAAUUUAGAAUACAGUUGAAAAUUCUUCUUCAAAAUUCUUCCAAUUGUUCCAAAAUUUCGAAGCAUCUUUUCUUUUUUCUUUCUUUUUCACUCGAAGACAAACUCAAGUUCAAACAACAAAUGGAAAACUUUCAUUUUACUCAUUUUCUGACAUUGAGAAUUUCUCAAGUGUCGACAGCUAGGAAAGUCGAUUAGUGCUGAUUUUACUCGCAGAUUUUGGUAGUUCAAAGAACAUGAAAGAAAUUCCCCAAUUUUCUGUAUCCCAUUCAGUUCCGAUUAUGUACAUUAGGAUUGGGCGAUCUUGGUUCCAUUUUCAGAAGAACAAUCUUUUCCAUUUCGAUCUCCGAUUUUUUAAGUCGAUUCAUUGUACCCGAAAAAAUCGUGGAGAUCGAUAUUUUUCUUUCAAUUUUUUUCGAUCUUAGCGUUUCUUUUUUUCAGUGUACAUCGAUUUUCUCACCACCUGACAAAUUUAAUUAACAUAACGUCAACAUUGGCAGAGCUUUCGAAGAUGUAAAAUUAGUGGUAGGGAACAGGAUUGUGCGAUCUUGGAUCGGUAUUUAAAAGAUUACUCUGCGAUUUCCGAUUUUUCGGAUCUAUUUCUUCUACUACAAAGAAGUAUCCUUUUUGAUUUUUCUGAUCUUUUGGACCGUAAAAAAAAUUUAUUUUUAGUAGACAUUGAUUUUAAUGUCACCAAAACCCACUUGACAAAUUUCAUAAACAUUGGACCUUUUUUAAGGUUGUCAAAUCAGUGGUCGUAAACUUAGGAGAAGCAGUUUUGUAAGUUUGGUCAUUACAAAACAAGAACUGGGACUACUACCAAAAUUUCGACUAAAUGCCACGAUUGGGUUCAAUGGGAUUAUUGUCAGCGGAGUUCUGGAUGUAUUUCAGUUGUUGAAUUUUGAAUUAUAAUUUUCAUUUAAUUUAUUCAAUUAAAUAAUUCCAUGACGGUUCAAAAUGAAUGCCCUGGCAAAAUAUGUUUUCUGGGCUUUCAAGUUUUUUUAUGACCUUUAUUCUGAGAAUCAAAAUGAAAUGCCUUUGAUGUUUGAAUAGAAAUGUGAAAUGUUUAUUCCAUGUUUAAAGAAAAGACAAAGACACUUUUAUAAAACAAGUUUUUUAAAACUCCUUCACUCUCACCAAGUUUCGUGGUCCCAUCAGCACUUGUUCGGUUCCCAAGCAACGAUAAAGUUCAGUCUGUACGAGAAGCGUAUGGCAACUGUCACGUUAUUUAAGUGCGGAAAAACGACAAAACAGAGUUACGAGCUACUCAAACCGUCUUCUAUCAAUGAACGAUUCGUGUUCCGUAAUGAGACUAGCAAUAAAAUUACUAGACUUCUUUUCCGCAGAUGAUUAGGCAUUUGCCAUUCCAUCGGAAUAUUAACUUUGGGCCAGGUUGAAGGAGCGUACCUGUGGAUGUUCUCAUUGGAGUUACCAUUCGUUGAAGAAUUCUAAAGAAAAACUGCAGUGAUUGACGAUUGGCCUUGGCAUUUUCGACUCUGCUUGAAGACGAGAUAGUCGAAUAAUUUUGCCAAAAAUGUUAAUUCUGGAUACUUUUAUACCUUCAAUAAAAGUUCUGGGUUGUUAUCUAAUUGUGUUCUCGAGUUAUGAAACUUACAGGUAUAAAACUGAAUGUUUUCUUAUUUAAAAAACAGGAAGUGGGUUAUAUCUAUGGUAUAACCGCAAGGGUGAUGUAGGACUAUCGUUGAUUAAGAGAUCAUUUGUUUGAAGUUGAAUCUGGAUUCAUUCUGAAUGAAUUAAUUUUUGGAGAACUUCGAAAACGAGAGCGUUACGUUGGAGGCACAAGGUUUUAUGCAUCCAAUAUUGGAUACGGAAAUAUCCUACUGAUGGGGAAAAAUAAUCUUCAGAAGCUAUCCUGUUAAUUGCGAUUGAUUGAAAAAUCACAAAACCAAAUGUAUUUGGUCACAGUGUUACAUGGAUAGAAAACAUUCAAAUAAACUCUUUCACAUGAAUGUAUUUUUAAAUUCCCAGAGGAACUGGCAGAUUAUUUUCCGGAUCUUUCUCGAUGCUGAAUGGCAUCCAAACGGAAAGAAUUCCGCGCGUGUAUGUGUGUGUGUGUGUGUGUGUGUGUGUGUGUGUGUGUGUGUAGCGGCUGCUUCGAGAUCUUCCCGGGGAACCGUUUGUAGUAUCACUCUCCUCCUGAUGGAUUCCUUUCUAGCCUAACGUGCACAAACAGACUCUUGGUGACACCAUUCAUCCGCGCUUUCAUGAUAAAUGAAGAGCUUCACCACUGCUAUAGGGGGUAUGCAACAGUCUUCUCAUAUUGAACAUAAAUAAUAGCUAACUGCAAACGACGUGUCAUGUGUGUGUAUUCUGUACCACCUUUUUGGAAGACGGUUCAGGACAAUCCAUCGAAUGAAUCGGAUGAAAUUUUCAAUUGAACUGCCGCGAGCAUCUUUCCGUCGACGAAAUUAAGCUCUCUGACGGUGAUAAUGCAUAUUAGAGUUCCAAUGGAUGUAUAGAAAAAAGUGACCUUUGAAUUUUUAAACGGAACUCUCUUGAAAAUGUUAAUUCCCACGAAAAACUACCCAAUGCAAAAUAUCAGCUCAAUCAGGCUUCAUUUAUUAGUAUCGCACAUCCGUCAAAGUUUGAGUUUUCUGAAAAUCGAAAAAUCACUCAAGGGGGGAGGUCAUGAAAUCAGGGGUUUCAAAAAAAAUAUUCUGCCAAAAGUCUCAAAAUUGCAUGGAACGUCUAGAUAUACUCUUAUCUCGAAAAAAAAAAUUGUCUGAUUUUUUUUUUGCAUUCGGUCGCUUUCCCGUCGGUUAAGUUGAUUUGUGACCAAAAAAAUUCUUUAGAGAUAAAUAACAGUGAAUCUCGAUGUUUCAUGCAAUUUUAAGACAUUUAGAAUAUAUUUUUUUCGAAAAAACUCAAACUUUGGAUGUGCGACACUAGUAAAUGAAGUCCUAUUGAGCUGAUAUUUUGCAUAGGGUAGUUUUUCGUGGGAAUUAACAUUUUCAAGAGAGUUCCGUUUAAAAAUUCAAAGGUCACUUUUUUCCAUACAACCAUUGGCACUCUAAUAUGCAUUAUCAUCGUCAGAAAGUUUCAUUUCGCAUGCGAAAAGAUGCUCGCAGCAAUUCAAUUAAAAAUUAUAUCCGACUCAUGUCAUGGAUUGCCCCAGACCGUCUUCCAAACAGGUGAUAUAGAAAAAGACAUAGGAUGAUGCAGCAGUCACGCUUACUACUACACUACCGGCACCGGCAACUGAUCACUCAUGCUGUCCUACAACCUUUCACCUCAUCGUUUUCGUUGGUCUCAAUUUGAACAUAAACUGCUUGAGAAAAAGAAAGUUUCAAUUCGCCUAUGACUAUUGAAAACAUCGCUUCGGUGUUAAGAAUGAAACGAAUGAGCGGAUAAGAUUCAACUUAAAAUGCAGUAGGUUCAUCAUUGAGUGACGAUUUGUCAAUAAAAGUGACUUUGUAAGGCUCUAUAGCUCCUAUCACUUGAAAGUUGUAACCAAAAAAAGACUCCAAUCCACUAUCCACCCUUUCGCAGAGUAAGCAGAUGAAAUAGGCUUUACGAGUUCCCAAAAAAUACCUACUGCUUCACGUUAGUUGCAAUCGGAGGACGAUUGAAAAAUUAUUAAACUCAAUCCUCAAUCAAACCACAACGGAUGAAGAUAAUUUUUUUGGCAUUUAUCUUGACCGAACACACGGCUAUAAGCACCACAUGAAUAAUGUGAUUACCGAUUAUGUGAGUUCACUGUCGGCCCACAGGCAGCGACGCCGAUCAGACGGGAUAUUUAUUAUCAGUCCCCAGAGAAAAUGGAACAACACUCUUUACUUCUGGAAUCAACCCAAUUUCAAUCAGCCCCAUCCCCUACUGCGCCGAGAAAACCCCACCAAAACAGGUCGCGAAAUCAAAGGUUUAGCUUUCAAUUGUUCGCAUUUUAGUCGUAAGUUUAGCAUAAUGUGGAUUUCUUUGAGUUGUAUAGUAUCCUAGUUGUAAGCCUGUAGAGAAACAAACGAAAAGAGAGAAAUAACCGACAGUGCGAUCGAAUGUAUGUAUUAUUUUUCUGAUUGCAAGCAGAGUGGCUUCCCCACGUUUGCCCCACGGAAUGGAGGCGGAAAUAACCCGAGUGUGAAAAGAAAUUAAUUUUUAAUUUAAUAUGUGCCUGAAACCUGAAUAUAUUGUAAAGUGCAACCCUCUGCGCACUGUUGGUAGGUGGUAGGAAGGGGGAAGCGGGCGAAUUAAACAAAACCAACAGCUCACACAUAACGUAUGAACGAAGGUAUGAGCGAAUCACCGCAAGCGAAAGUUUUGAUUGUAUGUAUGAUUUAUGCGUUUUUAAAAAGUGAUUAUUAGUUCUGGACGGAAGAAGUUUUGUGUGCCAAACUUUUUCGUUUACUCUCGUGUUGAUUAAAAUCGUCCACUGCUAGGCUACCCACGCAAACAAUCCGCAUAUUUUGCCACUGUAGAUGCUUCAGUUUUUACCUUUUUUUUUUUGAAUCCCAAACCCAGCGACGGUAUGAUACCUGACUCAUUAUUAUUACUAAAUCGUAUGCUUUUCGACACCCGACCGAAUCCGAACGUCAGGAAUGAGUCCUAGCGAAUAGAUGAAUUUAACCUAAUUAAACCUAGGAUAAAAUAAAUUCUCGAUUCAAAAAAAAAAAAAUUAUAGCAGGUACCAAACCGAGCGAAAAUACAAAGAAAGAGAGAAAAAAACAAAACAAAGCGAAGCUAAUUAAAAUUGAAAUUGACAGACCUACAUCAAGCGUAGGCGAAACGACGAAGUAGCCUCAAACAAAAAAUUGAGAUACAAAAGAAAAACACAGUGAGCGCCACAUUCGUGUGGAGCGAGCGAAAAAACUAAGUAGCUGUACCAUAAAUGUUUUAUUUUAUAUUUAACCAAAGAACGAAAGAGAGGAAAAAUAAAGAAGGAGCAGAUUAUUAUCGUAUUGGAAAAUCUUGAAAGUUCAGUUGUUUUA